UAUUAAAUUUUAUUUGUUUAUUGUUUAUCUCUAAAGCAAGCAGUUCCUUUAUGUAACUUCAUUUCGAUUGUUGACCAGCUCACUAAAAACAGCAUUUCACCAGUAAUUAGAACAAAAUGAGUGCAAUCACUAGCGAGUAUUUGAAGAAUGAAACUAUUGCUUCCCAGCCAUGGCCCCAAGUCGCCCAUCUCUACCAGCCAUACGAAGAGGAGCAAAUUCUGCUGGCGGAGCACGCAAGUUGUCUUGCCGUACGCACCUAUUUAACCAUGCUGAAUCUACCGUUCAAGGUUGAUCAGCGUGCGAAUGCGGAGUUUAUGUCGCCGGGAGGCAAGCGCACAAAACUACCGGUUCUACGCGUUGAGAACUUCACGUAUGCCGAGUUCGAGCACAUCCUUAGCUUUGUCGAGUUGAAGGGGCUCUCGCUGACCAAGAACCUGACAGCGGAACAGAAAGAUGACAUGAGGGCUUAUCUCUGUUUGGUGGAGCAAAUUUUCACUAACGCUGAGCAAUACAUAAGCUGGGUUGAUCCGGAAGUGCUGAAGAAGGUCACGCGUCAGAGAAAUGGAUAUGUGUAUCCCUUCCCGCUGAAUCACAUCCAGAACUGGAGAAAGCAAAUGGCUGUUCGCCGACAGCUCAGUGUGGCUGACUUCCUAAACAUCACUUUAGAAGAGGUGGUGGAAAAGGUGCAGAAGCUGUGCACGUCUUUGAGCAUGCAGUUGGAUGAUAAACAGUACUUUUAUGGCAACGAACCAACCGAAUUGGACGCUCUGGUGUUUGGACAUCUGUUUAGCAUUUUCACUAUGACUCUCCCAAAUAAUGUCCUGGCUGUAACGAUAAACCAGUUUAAGAAUUUAACUAAAUUUUGCAAAAAUAUUGAGGAGAAGUACUUUACAAAGGUGGCUGCUAUUCGUUGAAUUAUUAAUAACACAAUUGCACGAAGAAAAAUGAAAUUGAAACACAAUUGAAUAAAAAAUUGGUUAACAUUUCUUUAUUAUUUAAA